ACACGUUUGGGGGGCGGGUGUAAUAAAUGGCUCCAAAUAUUUCCUAAUAAUAAAUCCGAAAUGUCAGCUGGGCUGAGUUGCGCUCAAGCUGUCAGCGGCAAAAUGGUGACGGAUCGACGCAAAUCACGCACUAAAUUGCGUGUGAAAGCGCACUUCGGGACGUGUGCGUGCGCGCGUGUGUGUGUGCGUGUGUGUGGCUCCUCCCCCUUCCCGCCCUCGUCCAAUGGCUGCAGGGCGUCCUCCGGUGCGCGCUCCCGCUUGGAUAAAACGCGCGGCUAUGCGCGAACACACACGCAAAAGCACACGCACGCCUGGAGACGCUCGUGAACGCACCAUUUUUGGGAUAAUAGCACGCAGGAUCCGCGCUGGGAAAUCUCCGUUUUUCACAUAAAAAGAAUCGGACGAGCCACCCUCAUGCCCGUCGAGGCAGGCCGAACGUGCAGGGAGUAGAAGAAGAAGAAGAAGAAAAAGAAGAGGACAAAAAAGAGGGGCAGGGUGGAGGACGAGAGUGUGCUCACGUUCGGCUGGUGGAGGUGCAGGGAGCAACAUCUCAGGGAUAUGUCCGCUGGCACGGCAAGAGGUCAUGGGGGUCUUAACCAACUAGGCGGAAUGUUUGUUAAUGGCCGUCCACUUCCGGAGGUGAUCCGGCAACGCAUCGUGGACAUGGCCCACCAGGGGGUCCGGCCGUGCGACAUCUCCCGCCAGCUCCGCGUCAGUCACGGCUGCGUCAGCAAGAUCCUGGGACGGUAUUACGAGACAGGCAGCAUCAAGCCCGGCGUGAUCGGCGGCUCCAAGCCCAAAGUGGCCACGCCGAAGGUGGUGGACAAGAUCGCAGAGUACAAGAGGCAGAACCCCACCAUGUUCGCCUGGGAGAUCAGGGACAGGCUGCUCACCGAGGCGGUGUGCGACGGUGACACCGUGCCCAGCGUCAGCUCCAUCAACAGGAUCAUUCGAACCAAAGUCCAGCAGCCGUUCAAUCUCCCUCUGGAUGGAAAAGGCCUAAGCCCUGGACAAACCUUGAUUCCUAGUUCGGCCGUCACCCCGCCCGAGUCUCCGCACUCCGACUCUUUGGGCUCCACCUACUCCAUUAGCGGCCUCUUAGGAAUCCCCCAACCCAGCAGCGAGGGCAAGAGGAGCCAUGAUGACAGCGACCAGGACAGCUGUCGGCACAGUGUGGACUCUCAGGGCAGCGGUGGCGGCGCCAUUCCCAGGAAAAGCAUGCGUGUGGACCACUUCUCGCAGCACUUGGACUGCGGCUUUGAGCGUCCCCACUACCCUCCCGACUCCUUCUCCACCUCCGCCUCGGGUAGCAAGACGGAGCAGACUUUGUACCCGCUGUCGCUCAUCACUGGCAGCCUGGACGAGGCCAAGAGCAGCCUGUCAUCGUCCGGCUCCGCCAUUGGACGCAACCUGACGGCGCAUCAGAGCUACACCAUGGUGCCUGAGCCCCUCCAGUCCCUGCCGCUCUGUUUGAAGCAGGAAAUGUCACCAGAGGUUACCAGCACGAGCCCCGCCUCGCCAAACAUGGCGGCGUCCAACCUGCCAUUUGUGGAGCUGCAGAAACCGGUUUCUAUGAGUAGCAGCAGCUGCGGCGGCGGAGCUAGCACCCAUUUCUCUAAUUCCUUCAACUCAUUCUCCCAUCACGCACCUGUGUAUGGCCAGAUCGGCGGCCAGUCAAUCAUCUCAGGGCGAGACAUGGUGAGCUCCACCCUGCCGGGUUACCCGCCUCACAUCCCGUCGCCGGCCCAGUCGGGAUACUCCUCGUCUGCCAUUGCUGGCGUGGUCGCAGGCGCCGACUACCCCGCUCAGUCCUACAGCCACUCGCCCUACGCCUCCUACAGCGACGCUUGGAGGUUCACUAACUCCAGCAUACUGGGUUCACCCUACUAUUACAGCACAGCCUCCCGCAGCGGCCCCCCCUCAGCGGCUGCCUACGACCACCUCUAGUCCCCCGCUGGACGGACCUUCACGAGCCAGACUACAACCUGGAUGGAAUUUUCUGACGACUCUGCAGAUGGACCAGCAACCUCUUUUGUUGUUGUCUUUUUUUUUUUUUUUUUACCAAGUCAAUUAUUUAUUUGUCAUUGCCAACGAUCCAAGCGACGCAGGGUAACUCGGACUCGAGCACGUUUACACAUCUGCAGCCUUACGUGUCACGCGGUGCAUCUUUUUCAGUACUUAUUGCAGUUGUUCAGCCAAAGACUUGUUUUCUCGCACACCUGACUAAGGAUAUGCAACAUCUUUAUAAUGAACUAUGCUUGAUUUUUAUUUUGUUGUUGUUUUACAAUGCUUUCCUUUUAAAAUGGGGAAUAUUUUCAUUCUUGAUUUGUCUGCUUGUGAAUGAGAUGGAAAAAAAAUCCCUCUAUUUGUCUACAUGAUGUACAUAUGUAAAUGAUGACUUACCUGCGGGGCAAGCGGCAGGGCUAGUGGAUGUUGACUUGAUGACAAAAAGCAAAAACAGGCUUCCAUACACGUGCUUAGUUUGUUGCCAUGUUGGUAAGAAUUGUGACUAUUUUUUAUUCAUAUACACGGUUAUUAUUAUUGCAGAUGUACUGUAAAUAGGGAGUUUCUAAAGAAUUAUUUUUAAUUAAAGCAUGGCAAAGGUG